ACGGUGACAACCAACGUGUACCGCUCAAGGACUUACCUGACCCGCCAGUGUCAUGCCAACGUCCGGUAUGUAUUGGUGUAAACAUUUCCUCUAGUCUAAGGCUGAUGGCAACGCUACUGUGAGUAUAGAGGAAGACGGCGGUGCUCAGAUCGGUGCUGUGUAUGAAGGGAGUCGAAAACGGGACAGCAAACGGCAUAUUCUGACCUAGAAAACGAACUGUCUAAGAACUAACUACGAUAUGGACCGCAUCAGGGAAGAAGAGGAAAUACAACAGGAAAAUGAACAUGCAAAGCAGGAUAAGUCCCAAAAUGACACCCAAGAGGCAGUGAACGGGUCAAAUGAGAGAGAGAAGGUCGAAGACAAGGAGACCUCACAAGCCAAAGAAGUAAAGAAAGAUGGAGACAAGCAUGAUGAAGAGAUAAAAGAGACAGGGCAGACAGAAGGAACACAGAAGGAUGAACGCGACCACUCCGUCUCUAACGGCGAGAACGCACCAGAGAACACCGAUGGUGAAGUCAAAAAGAGUGGGGAAGACGAAGACCAGGCGAAAGAGAAAAGUGGUGAGGAGACAGAAUCUCAGAAGGAACAGAAGAAGAAGUCCGACCAUGCCAUGGCAAACGGAGAGAAAACAGCAGAGAAGACUGGUGAUGAAGUUAAAGAGAGUAGUCAAGGUGGAGAGGAAGGAGGCAACGCCACAGAGAAAGGCGGCGAGAAGAAAGAACCACAGAAUGCACAGAAGGACACGUCAGAUAAUCCAGUGGAAAAUGGCGAGAACGCAACAGUGAACAAUGAUAAAGAAGGCAAAGUGGGUGAUCAAGCAGACACAAAUGGCAAGGACGGAGACAAGGCCACAGGGGCAAGCAAGAGUGAGGACAGCGAUCCCAAAGGAACAGAGACGUCAAAUAAUGAGGAAGAAGACACUAACCAAAACAAAGACGAGGACGGUAGCGAGGAAAGCGCUGACAAGAAAGAAAACUCACCCGACGACCGGGGACAAGCCUCCGAUAAGAGUCAGGAGACAAGGGAGGGCGAAGAAAACCAGGAAGAGGAAGAUGGUGGGGGAAACGGGGAGAGGGACGAGAAUGCACAGGGAGACGAGGCUUCCAACGAGAACCAAGAAGCAGCAGAGACCAAAAAGAGCAAAAAAGCGAGUCAACAGAAGAAGGGUGCUGAAAAGAAGGCCAAGAAAACGACUUCAAAGAAAAAGUCGGAUAAGAAGGACGCCGCUGACAAGAGCAAGUCAAGCAGUAAAAAGCCCAACCAAAAGGAAGGAGAAAAGAAAAAAGGAGAUAAAAAGAAAGCAAGCGAUAAGAGUAAGUCAAGUAGUAAAAAGUCAAGUCAGGAGGAGGAAGACACGAAGACGGAAAAUGCUGCUGCAUCUAAUGAUGACAAGAAAACAACAAAAGAAGAAGAAGCAUGUACGGAUGAAGAGAAGAAGGUAGAGGAUAAAGAUGAGAAUACUGAACAACAAACCAAUAGCGAAGAUGGUGAUAAGGAAAAGGGUAACCAGGACAACGACACGCCCUCAUCUGACUCAAAGGAAAACAAAGACACCAAGGAGGAAGACAAAAAGAAAGGCACGAAACCAGGCAGUAAAGGUGACAAGGACACAGCCAAAGAGGAGGGCAGUACGAAUGAUGAAGGUAAGACGGAAAAGAAACAAAAGGGCGCGAACAAAAAAGAAAAAGAAAGCAAGGAUCAAGAAGAAAGCGAUAAAAAGACAAGCCAAGAAGAGAAGGAAGAAAAGAAAGGAAAGAAAGCAGCCUCUAAAGAUAAAACUGACAAGAAACAAGGUGACAAGGAGAGCGCUGACACAGAAGAAAAGAAAAACAAGAAAGCAGCCUCUAAAGAUAAAACUGACAAGAAACAAGGAGACAAGGAGAACGCUGGCAAGGCAAGCGGCGAGGAAGGCAACAGUGAAAAGGGGAACAAGAAAGGGAAGGGAAGCAAGGAUAAAGAAGCAAACAACAAGAAGUCAAGUCAAGAGGAGAAUGGAGAAAAAAAGGACAAGAAGACAGCUUCUAAGGAUAAUGCUGACAAAAACCAGGGAGACAAGGAUGACGCUGGUACGAAUGGAGAGGCUGACGAGGGUGACGAUGGGGAAAAGAAACCAAAAGAGAAGAAACGUCAAGUCAAGAAGAAGAACUCCAACGUGAAAGCUAGGAUUGACUGUUGGAGGAAAUAAGCGGAUUUUAUUUCCCUCCUUUCAAAACUGCAUGUACCAUAACCAAAGAUACCAUACCAAAUACUAUUCCAGUACUAACAAAUGUAUUUUGCAGUGUGCUAAAGAACAAUUGUUCUAUCAGAAAGUAAUAGAAAUUAUAUCUACUUCAGCGUUUUAACUUGAAUUUCAAAGCUAGACAUACACUGCAUUGUAUUGUCAGUUUGCUGUAUGCUUUACGGCUUGCAAUAUUGAAGAAUUGCAGAUACAGAAGUGAAACAGUUGCCAUUCAUUUUAGAAAUACGUUACGUGGCGGUAUAGACAAUUAUUCAGGUUUGUAACAUAAAGGUGAUAACGUUUUGAAAAGAAAUAGUAAUCUUGUAUAAACUUAUAAAGGUGUGUGCUGCAUGAUAAAAUGACGUACUCAAUACCAGGGACCCAUUCCACUGCGACCGGGCGUUCUUACAAAGGUCAGAGUGCUCAACGGAUUCUAUUGAUAAAUGCGAAUCAUUGUACGCCUUGUGUAUUUUUUUCUCUUUUUAUAUAUCAUACUUGUGUAUGUCAUACUUGUGUAUAUCAACAUUUUGCUAGGUCGUACCGAGGUCUCAGCCCCUUUGCCGUUUAGUGGAAAGAGAUAUUUUGUUUUGGUGACGCACUGAAGCCGAUGUACAACUACUGCGCUUGAAUAAAGAUGGGAUAAUGUGUACAGCUA